AUGAUGCCGUCGUGCACUACUCCAACAUUCGGGGCAACGUCGCAGUUGGAUAUGCCGAGCUCGGAUUCUCCGUCUCGUGCAUCCAUUUUGACACCGACUUCCCUUGACGGAGAAAGUCCGCGGAAGAAGUUUCCGAUUGUGGAGGCCGGUGAUCGUUGGCCGGGAGGGCGGCGCGAUGGCGGAUGGGUACGUUUGGGAGCGGUGUCUUUCGUAUGACCGUUGAUUUCAGAGCUCUCUGCGGGCACCACCACCUGCUCGACUCUCGCUUUCGACCAAGAACAUUCUCUCGCCCAUAUCGAGUGCAUACAGCCAGACGCCAAACUCUAUCCUGUCGCCGGCUGCCAUGUUCAGUCAUAAGAACAGAAGCAUCUUCUCGCCCACACUCCCAUCGACACCAAUGAGUUACGGCAAAGUUUCUUUAGACAGCAAGAGUAGGGGUUGAUGCUUUUGAUUGAUCAGUAUAUUUGGGAAACUACAGGCUUGUUCUCUCCCACCACAACCGAGCCGAUCGAAGUGGAGGCCACCGUUGAGUAUUUGGCUGAUCUUGUCAAGGAAAAGAAACAUUUGACUAUGUUCCCGCACAUGUUCAACAACGUCGAACGACUACUCGAUGACGGUGGGUCUGGGAAAAUGUACUGUUGCAGGUUUAGAUUUCAGAAAUCGGUCGGGUUCGUGUCGCUCUGUUCCAAACCGAGUUCCCUCGUGUGGAGCUUCCAGAGCCAGCUGGUGACAUGAUUUCGAUAACUGAGAAGAUUUACGUCCCUAAGAACGAGUACCCGGACGUAAGUAUGAGAAAACCGACGCUUCUUUAUCCGCAUUUUCAGUACAACUUCGUGGGAAGAAUUCUGGGACCGCGAGGAAUGACUGCCAAGCAACUCGAACAGGACACCGGUUGCAAGAUAAUGGUGCGCGGAAAGGGCUCAAUGCGUGACAAAUCCAAGGUUCUAAACAAUCUAAAUCCAUUCCAAAAUCAUGUGCAGUCGUUGAAGGAAAGCGCUCAUCGCGGAAAAGCCAAUUGGGAACAUCUUGAAGAUGACUUGCAUGUCCUGGUGCAAUGCGAAGACACGGAGAAUCGCGUUCAUAUUAAGCUGCAAGCUGCUCUGGAGCAGGUCAGAAAGUUGCUCGUUCCGGCUGUUAGUUUGUAAAUCCAUUCAUAGACAAUAAUUAAUUUUUAAGCCGGAAGGAACCGAUGAACUCAAGAGGAAGCAACUCAUGGAGCUUGCCAUAAUCAAUGGAACGUACCGCCCGAUGAAAUCUCCGAACCCGGCUAGAGUCAUGACGGCCGUUCCUCUGUUGUCUCCAACACCGCUUCGCAGCCCUGGCGUCAUCAUGUCUUCGAGCCACGGAAAUCCAGGAGUUCCUGCGACCACUUUGGGAGGAUCCAUUUUGGUAUGUGCUUACCACACUGCUUUUAUUGUAAGGGACCGGUUUCAGAGCCCGACUCUUGCCCCAUCAAACCCAUUGCUCGGAUCGAAUGUGUUCGACUAUUCGCUUCUCAGUUCUGGAAUGUUUGAUACCUUUAACUCGCUGCAACUGGCCAACGACUUCGCGUUCCCGAAGUAUCCUACGACCACUUCGUACGUCAACUCGUUCCCAUCGCUCUUCACAUCCGCGUCUUCGUCCUCUUCAUCGGCCGCUUCUCAAUCCACCAUCGUCCCCCCGUCCAGCGGAGACAGUCCGACCCCCUCGAACAACAACACCUCAUUCUAA